CUUCUUUCAUCUUCCAUCUUCCAUUCCCAGCCAUCUUCUUAUCUUUCAAUCACCAUCAAUCGUCCGUUUUUCAGCCACUUCUCCACUCUUUUCGGUGGCGUCGCUCGACUCACACUUCUGUUAAGACCACAACAACUCUUCUCCACACACUCUCUUCCUCCAAGUCACUACGUCUCUAUCUUUCCUCCACCUUUUCAUCCACACACCGAAAAAUGUCUGCGAGCCCAGCUUCCUCUACCGGCGGCGAAACCAAGGCCGCCGAGCAGGUUCACUUUCGCUUCUGUCGUGAAUGCUCCAACCUGCUCUAUCCUAAAGAAGACCGCGUCAGCAACCGUUUGAUGUUCACCUGCCGAACCUGUCACGUCGGCGAGCCCGCCACCUCCUACUGCGUCUACCAAAACAAACUCAACAGCCAAGUUGGCGAUACUGCUGGUGUCACCACAGAUGUGGGAUCUGAUCCUACGCUUCCCCGGUCCAACAAGCUCUGCCCGAGCUGCGGUGAAGCCGAAGCAGUCUUUUUCCAGUCGCAACAGCGAUCUGCGGAAACCGGAAUGAAACUCUACUAUGUAUGCUGCGCGUGCGGCAAUGUCUUCAUGUAAUGUCGGAGUUGGAUUUUAUUUGUGACCUUUCUGAUACCCGAUGUUGGUCUCUUUGCUUGUUAUUUGUCGUGGAGUUAUAGCGAUGCCUGGGAAAAUUUU